UCUAUCAGUUCUCACAGUCCACAUACAAUGGCUUCCUCCAUUACUAUCUGGCCCGAUGAUCAGCAGGUUGUGGUGGAAGAGAAGCUGUUUGCGAGGAUUUUGACACUGAACAGGCCUAGAAAACUGAAUUCUCUUUCAUAUCAAAUGAUUUCUCGCCUUUUUGAAGUUUUAAGUGCUUGUGAGGCAGAUUCCAAUAUCAAAUUGGUUAUUGUCAAGGGGAAAGGAAAGGCAUUUUGUGCCGGUGCUGAUGUUGUUGCUUUGGUUCGUGAUAUUAAUGAAGGUAAUUGGAGAUUAAGUGCACAACUUUUCCGGAAAGAGCUUACCUUAAUUUACUUGUUGGCAACUUACUGUAAACCUCAGGUUUCAAUUCUCAAUGGAAUAGUCAUGGGAGGUGGAGCUGGUGUUUCAAUGCAUGGCAGAUUCCGAGUUGCAACAGAAAAUUCGGUCUUUGCUAUGCCAGAAACAGCUUUGGGGCACUUUCCAGAUGUGGGUGCCUCAUAUUUCUUGUCUAGACUUUCUGGAUUCUUUAGAGAAUAUCUUGGUCUAACAGGUUCGAGAUUGGAUGGUGCUGAAAUGCUUGCAUGUGGUCUUGCAACUCACUUUGUUCCCUCAACAAGGUUAUGCUUGUUAGAAGAAGCUCUAUGCAAGGUGGAUUCAAGUGAUCCAGCUAUAAUUUCUGGAAUUAUUGAUAAAUAUUCGCAGCAGCCUAAUCUGAAAGAUAAAAGUUCUUAUCUCCGGCUGAAUGUUAUUGAUAAGUGCUUCUCUCAAAGAACGGUAGAACAAAUAAUUUCUUCCCUUGAAAGGGAGGCAAUUAAUAAAGCAGAUGAUUGGAUCCCUGCAACAAUUCAGACACUGAAAAAGGCAUCUCCAACGAGUUUAAAAAUUUGGUUGAGAUCGAUUAGAGAAGGAAGACUCCAAGGCAUUGGUCAAUGUCUUGUUCGCGAGUACAGAAUGGCGUUUUCCGUCAUGCAAGGGCAAGUCAGCAAGGAUUUCGUAGAGGGUUGCAGAGCUCUAUUAUUGGACAAGGAUAAGAACCCCAAGUGGCAGCCUUCUAAACUCGAGCUCAUCAGUGAGAGUAUGGUCGACCGAUACUUCUCGAAGGUAGACGAUGAAGAAUGGGGAGAAUUAAAACUCCCUGCGAGAUCCAACUUGCCUGUGUAUGCCAUUUCCAAGCUUUAGGCAUCAUUUUGUUAUCUUAUCUUGUUCAAGGGCCUAGUAUAGCAACUUUGUCCAAGAAAAUUCAGUACUAUAUUUUAUUAUUUUCGUUGGCCAGUACAAGGUACCACAAGGAAUGUCCAUAUUGAAUAAAAUGAGUGAAUAAGA